ACCCUCAAUGAAAUAAAAUUAUUUUCCCGACCGAAUUGAUUGACCUAUGAAAAUAAAUAUUUUUAGGUUAUGUGUACUCUACGCUCUCGUUAUUAGAAGAUAUAAUUGUAACUUAAAAUGAAAUACUAGCUACAUUGGUUUAGUUAAAUAUAACUGUGUAAUGAUUCUCUUAUAAAUAUGGCAGAAUAUAAACGACCUCCCGUGGACCCCAAUUUAAAAGAAUUCAUGGAAAAAAAUGACUACGAUUCUCUUGCUAAAUACUUGGUCGGGAACCACAGCAGAUUUCGUGAGAAUAUUAUAAUUCCGAGGAUUUUAGGACCUAUUGUCAUCAAAACAAAUGAGGAGAAAAUGAUUGAAGCUACUGUUGAGAGUUGUCCGUUCAAAUCAUUGACUAGUUGUAUCAUUGGCUACGGUCUUGGGGCAGCUGUAGGGCUUUUCACAUCAUCCCUGAUGCCCAAUGUUACCGACACCAAUGCUCCACAGACGCAAACUGCCAGAGAAAUACUCCGGGAAAUGAAAGGGGCCAUGUUGAGUUAUGCUAAGAAUUUUGCCAUCCUCGGAGCCGUUUUCUCAGGUGUUGAAUGUUGUAUAGAGUCAGCUAGGGGGAAGUCUGACUGGAAAAAUGGUACAUACGCUGGUGGUGUUACGGGUGGAUUAAUUGGAUUAAGAGGUGGCUUGAAAGCUGGUAUAUUUGGAGCAGCAGGAUUUGCAGCAUUUUCAACAGUUAUAGAUUAUUAUAUGCAUCAGCGAGGAUCCUAAAAGAUUGUACACAUAAAAAUUAUUGUUUAGUUAUAAUUAAAUAGUUGUUUUCAUUA